GAACUCAUCUUGGAAGGCUGACAAGUGGUUUUUCCAGCACUUAGGGCAGGGGACACGGUGCGAAGUUCAGGGCCGCCAUCCCUCUGAGAGGCACCCCUCCCCGCAGUGGGAGUCCCCGUUGCUAAUGAAAAGCAGACGUCCCAUUUCCUUGCUCCUCUUCAAAUUUCCUUCUUCUCUCGUCUGUCUGCAGUGUUUUAGAACUCGUCACUGUGUAUCUUUUGGGUUGGAGAGGAACGCAUUGGACGCUGUCCAGGUUACUAUGGAUACCACUGUGGAAGAGACAUGUUCCUUGUCUGGGAGGAGCCCACCUUUUGGUAGAGAUACCAGAGAAUCGAGAUGUGAUUUGGAUGCAAUAUUAUGGGUGUGGCAGUUAAGUACUCAAGGACACAACAUAUAGGAAGCUGGCCCGUGUUCUCUUCAGUACCACACCUCAGACAUGGAACUAAGUGAUUCAAUCAAAAGGAAGAGGAAUAUUCACAAUUCAGCUACCAAUAGAGUGAUGGCAAACCACAGACACAUCGAGAGACAAAAAGAGAGGCGACCCCUGGGCCAGCGCGAGGGACCCGCCCGCGCCAUGACCGAGACCACCAAGACGCACGUUAUCUUGCUCGCCUGCGGCAGCUUCAAUCCCAUCACCAAAGGGCACAUUCAGAUGUUCGAAAGAGCCAGGGAUUAUCUACACAAAACUGGAAGGUUUAUUGUCAUUGGUGGGAUCGUCUCUCCUGUCCACGACUCCUAUGGAAAACAGGGUCUUGUGUCAAGCCGGCACCGUCUCAUCAUGUGUCAGCUGGCCGUCCAGAAUUCCGACUGGAUCAGGGUGGACCCGUGGGAGUGCUACCAGGACACCUGGCAAACGACCUGCAGCGUCCUCGAACACCAUCGGGACCUCAUGAAGCGGGUGACUGGCUGCAUCCUCUCCAAUGUCAACACACCUUCCAUGACACCUGUGAUCGGACAGCCCCGAAAUGAGACCUCCCAGCCCAUCUACCAGAACAACAACGCGCCCAGCAAGCCCACCGCAGCUAAGAUCCUGGGAAAGGUGGGAGAAAGCCUGAGCAGGAUCUGCUGUGUCCGCCCGCCAGUGGAGCGCUUCACCUUUGUGGAUGAGAAUGCCAACCUGGGCACGGUGAUGCGGUACGAAGAGAUAGAGCUGCGGAUCUUGCUGCUGUGUGGCAGUGACCUUCUGGAGUCCUUCUGCAUCCCAGGACUGUGGAACGAGGCAGAUAUGGAGGUGAUCGUUGGGGACUUUGGGAUCGUGGUGGUUCCCCGGGACGCAGCCGACACAGACCGAAUCAUGAACCACUCCUCAAUACUCCGCAAAUACAAAAACAACAUCAUGGUGGUGAAGGAUGACAUCAACCAUCCCAUGUCUGUCGUCAGCUCAACCAAGAGCAGACUGGCUCUGCAGCACGGGGACGGCCACGUCGUGGAUUACCUGUCCCAGCCGGUCAUCGACUACAUUCUCAAGAGCCAGCUGUACAUCAACGCCUCGGGCUAGCGGCCACGGGGCGCCGUGCUCCACUCUCCCCGGGUCCUCCGCCACCACACCGGCCCCCUGCCGCCUCUGUCCAUCCCGUUUCUCUCCCGCCUCCGUUUUUCCGUCUCCUCAUCUUGACUGUCUUCCCCACCUGCUGACUCAACCCUCCACAGUGUGGGGGAACCUGCAGAGAACACCACAGCGUACCCCUCCUCCGCAGCCAUCUUUGGACAAACUCUCCUCUCGUCUCCGGGUUGGGGGUGGGUGACGGG